UUUUUUUUUUGGGGGAUUUCUCUCAGCAUCCAAAAGUAGAAUCUCUCCACGUUCGUCUCCUCCCUCUUUUUCCAUUGCCAUUCGGCACUGUCAAAGGGGAUCAUUCUCUCUGAUUCUGAUUCGCAUCGUCCACCCUCAGCACUUCCAAUUUCGACUCUCUCUCUCUCUCUCUCUCUCUCUCUCUCUCGCGUUGCCGAGACCAUGUCCGCGAGUUCACUCAGUUUGCGGCUACCUCAUUUCGCGACUUCAACGAGCAAGAGCAACAGCGCGACGCUUGAAUUGAGGAUCGCCUGCUCCAUCAAGAACCCUGGCUACGGAACUCCGUCCGCCGCAUUGUCGUUACGCCAAUCUUCGGUGGGAGACAGACCGGCUUUCCCGAUCGCCAGAUGCGCAAACUCGGAAUACGCCUCGACGAGGACUACUCAGGUGAGCCCUGGCGUUUUAGAGAGUGGAGCUGAACCGACGAUUGAUGGUGGCGGCGGCGGCGGCGGCGACGGCGGCGAAGACAGACCACGAGGAGGUGGCGGAGGUGGAGGCGACCCCGGUGGUGGUGAUGGGGAGCAAGAAGAGCUCGGUCGGAUAUUGAAGUACGAAGAUGUAGUGAGAGAAACGGAAGCGCGAGGCGCAGAGCUUCCAGCCGACAUGUUGGAGGCUGCCAAGAGUGCGGGGCUUCGUGAGCUUAUUCUUCAACGAUAUCUGGAUUUGCAGGGGUCAUAUUGGCCACUGGGCUUUCUAAUGAAGCACUGCUCAAUGCUUCGGAACCGGAUGUUGGCUGAUCCUUCUUUCCUUUUCAAAGUUGGAACUGAGAUAGUCAUUGAUUCCUGCUGUGCAACUUUCGCUGAAGUUCAGAAGAGGGGCAAGGAUUUUUGGGCAGAGUUUGAGUUAUACAUGGCUGAUUUGUUGGUUGGUGUGGUGGUAGACAUUGCUUUAGUUGGUAUGUUAGCACCAUAUGUUCGUAUAGGGCAGAAGUCUAUGUCGAGGAGUUUGUUUGGACGCAUUCAAAAUGCUUGCAGUUCUCUUCCCAGCAGCGUUUUUGAAGCUGAAAGGCCAGGUUGUAGGUUCUCUGUUAAGCAACGGAUUGCUACAUAUUUUUACAAGGGUGUAUUGUAUGGAUCGGUGGGAUUUAAUUGUGGUCUUAUCGGUCAAGGAAUAGCGAAUGUGAUCAUGACUGCUAAAAGGAACAUUAAGAAAUCAGAGGAGGAUAUACCCGUGCCACCUCUUGUACAAAGUGCUGCACUUUGGGGUGUUUUCCUCGCGGUAUCUUCCAACACACGUUAUCAAAUUAUAAAUGGCCUAGAGCGCCUGGUUGAAGCAUCACCUUUGGCAAAGAAAGUCCCACCUAUUGCAAUGGCUUUCACUGUUGGUGUACGGUUUGCCAACAAUAUAUAUGGUGGCAUGCAAUUUGUAGAUUGGGCUAAACGGAGCGGGGUUCAGUAGCAGAUGCUCACACGUAGAUUAUAUUGUGCCAUCUAUAUGAUUCGUCAUUCUUUGAAAUGGGGGCAGAAUUUCUUUGUUUCGCAAAUUGUUGGUUACAUUGGUAAGAACAUUAUGAUUCUCAGGUUUUACAGUGAUUUCCAUUCAGUGGCAUGUUUCUGCU